AUAAAAUCAAUGCUCAAUAAUUGUUAAAAAAAACAAAAACAAAAAACACUCUUCACAAUUUGUGAUUGACACAAACGAAAAGAGGAAAACGGAAAUCGAAGAAGCAAAGAGAAGUGAAGAAUAAAUAAUCUAAUCUAAACUAGACGAUUUAAAGACACCCAACUUGGGUCUUAAUCACCCAAAAACAAAUUCAGACUGGAGGCCUCACUGACCCUAAAACGCAUUUUUGCACGCAAAAUUGCCUACAAAACGAAAUCAAAGUCAAUUUUAGCGGCCAUGCGAACGAAACACUUGAUCCUAAUACUAAUCGGUGUGAUAAUCGCUACGAUCGUGUUUAUUGUCUUUGGACCAGCCGGUGAACCGAACGAUUCCUUCAAGAAUAUCGUUGUCCAGACGCAUCAGCAAUUGAAAGAGUUUCAGGAGAAUUUGCGUGUUGGAUUGGAACGCAAGAAACUCGAAUUAGAUCCCAAAUAUUUAUUGUUGCUUGGCUUCACCUCAGGCAAGGAUAAUGCACAGCAGGAUGCCAAUCAGGAGCAACAGCUGCAUGUGCAAAAGACUGACGUACCCGCCUCGGCGACCAAGGCGGAAUUGGAGCUCAAUGAUUUGCGGCAUGGGGAUGGGCCAAAUAAUUUGGCGGAGCUAGCCAACAAAUAUCAGAGGACUAAUGGUGGAGAGAAACGUAAACGCAUUACCACGCCAUAUAAUGGCACUAGAGCCAAUUUCACUAUAGUCACGUAUGUGCAAGAGGGCCAAGCGCCAUCGGCCAUACUUCUGGCCCAGAAUAUAGCAGCCAAGCUGCCAACGGAAUAUCUAUUGAUCUACGAUCUGGGCAUAUCGGAGGAUCAAUUGCGUACACUUAACGCCUAUUGCAAUAGCAGUCGUUGCUCUGUCAUCACCUAUGACCUAUCGGAGUUUCCAUCCUUUGUACAGGAUCAACGUACACAUGCCUAUCGUCCUAUUGUGAUAAAGGAUGCCCUAAUGCGGGCCAAAUCGGUGCUCUUCACCGAAAACUAUAUGCGUCUGCGUGGCGGACAUCGGGAGUUGCAAGAGCUACAGAAUCGCGUCCAGGUCUCUGGAGUUCUUGGCUGGAAUACCCCAACAGCCGUAUCCUCGCGCACGCAUCCGAAAAUGUUUGAUUACUUUGAAUCGGAUGCAGAGAAUUUUAUAUUUUUGCGCAUGGUUGAUCUCGAUGUGGUCUUCUUUGUGGAUAAUCUCUUUGUCACUGAGAAAAUCAUGCUGCCAUGGCUGAAAUGUUCAUUAACAUUGGAGUGCAUCGAUCCAAUUGGUGCCCAAUCUAAUGGCUGCAAAUUCAAUAAAAAGCCAUUGUAUCGUUAUUCCGGCUGUCACGGCUAUGAUGCAUCAGCUUUCAAUAUAGUACUGGGUCUAACCUGGCACUUGGAUGACUCGAAGUAUUCCCUGCCCAGCGAUGCUGUUGAGAAUAUGUUCUACAAGGAGACCCUGGAGCAGUCAACUAAAAUCCUAGAGAAUCGGCGACGUAAUAAUAGCGAUACCUCAGAUCAUCCAUUCACAGAGGAUUGAAGGAGCGCGAGGAGCAAAA